CUUUAAGGUUUCGAGAUUGGAUUCGGAGUUUUCGUCUCAUAGUAGGGAGACUAUGUCUAGUGAGGAAGACGAGUUUCAGAGGCGGAACUCAGUUAUCGAAUCGGCUGAUGAUGAUGAUGAUGAUGAUCGAUGACUGUGAUUCUGGGGCAGGAUCAGAUGAUUUUGAUUUGUUGGAAUUAGGGGAAACUGGGGAAGAGUUUUGCCAGGUUGGGGAUCAAACUUGUAGCAUACCAUUUGAAUUGUACGAUCUUCAAUCCUUGAAUGAUGUGUUGUCUAUGGACGUGUGGAAUGAUAUUUUGUCCAAGGAGGAAAGAUUUAACCUUGCAAAGUACCUUCCGGAUUUGGACCAAGAGGCAUUUAUGCGGACAUUGAAAGAGCUCUUUACAGGGGAUAAUCUUCAUUUUGGGAAUCCUAUUGAUAAGUUAUUCGAAAUGUUGAAGGGAGGAUUAUGUGAACCGAGGGUUGCCCUUUAUAGGCAGGGUUUGAAGUUCUUUCAGAAGAGACAGCAUUAUCAUCUUUUGCGGAAGCAUCAGAACUCAAUGGUCACUAAUUUUUGCCAGAUAAGGGGUACUUGGCUUAACUGUAGGGGGUAUAGCAUCGAAGAGAAGCUUCGUGUGUUGAACAUAAUGAAGAGUCAGAAGAGUUUAAUGUAUGAGAAUAUGGAAGAGAUGGAGAGUGACUCUUCUGAAAGAGAAGAGUCAGCAGACGGAUUGUGGAGCAAAAAAAGAAUGAAGGAUCAGAAACUUGGGCAGAAAUUGGGUCGUUAUUCUGGAUAUGGGGCGAGUCCAGCUAGACAAAUGGCCAUGGAACCGGCAAAGUAUGCAAAGAAGAAUCCAAAAGGAACAUUGAAGUUGGCUGGAUCAAAGAUGUCUACUGCAGCAGGAUGCUUUCCUUCGGUUCAUCAGGGGAUGGAUAUGAGAUCAGGUGCUCGUGGUUCUGCAUUAACACUUUCCAUAGAGAAGAAGGCAUCAGGGUAUGAUUCUGGGGUCGCAGUUCGGGUGAGGGACCAGAUCAGAGGUUAUGAUGAUGCAGAAGAAACUAUGUAUGAAGUGGCUGUUGAGAGAGAUCGGAAUUUCUCACGAAUCAGUGCAACAGGUAAAUCUGGGGCUUUUAAAAUGGGGAAAAAACAUGAAGGUUUGAGAGGUGAAGAAUAUGUGGACGGCUUCAUUGGCAUGCCUAUGUCUUUGAAGAAUGAUUCACAUCCAUAUGGUAGAAAGAAGAAUGUGAAUCAGUUGUCAGAUAUCAGGAUGUUAACUUCAAAACCAUCUACUAUGAGAAUCAUUGAUGAUAAUGGUAAAAUGGUCAAUUACCCUACCAAUGUUUCGCUAGUUGCUGUUGAUGAUCAGAUGAAAUUUGUGAAAAACCAGGCUCCGAAUUUGUCUCUGAAAGGAAGUCAAAUUGAAUUAUACAACGGAACUGAACCACUUUGGCAUAACAAAACACAACGAGAGCAUUUCUCUGUUGACCCAUUAUCCAAAGUUAGCGAUGGGAAAGUUAAGAGCAAGAAGUGGAAGAUAGGGAGAGUGUCUCCUGAUCUACAAGUUAAUGAUAGGUUAUUUCAGUCUGAACAUAGGGCAAAGCCAUCACAGGAGAAGGUCGGGGCAACUUCUAUGCAGAAUGGAGGGCGAGACAUGGCAUCGGUGAAAGGUUUUAGAACGUUUGUUAAAAGCGAGGAAACAGAGUCAGACUCAUCUGAUCAAAUUGAUGAAGAUGAGGACGACAAUCCCUUGAUGAGGAGCAAAUUUGUUUUCCCCAGUGGUUUAUCAGCAAUGAAAUCUGGUCCUGAUUCUAAGAAGGCUAAAUUUGCUAAGAAAGAUAAAAGAGAUAAUACUCGGACUCUUGAUGGAUUAUCCCACUCCUCCAGAAAUCGGGGUGAUUUUGGAGAACACCUGCAUAUGGCAGAAGUAGAAAACUACUCUUUGAAAGCCAAGCAGAAGGGAAAGAUGUAUGAUAUGUACCCUGCAGAGAGAAGACAGAGACAGGAAGUUGGGCGUGAGUAUUCUGACCCUCCAUCAAACUAUUACCAUGAUUACAUUGCUGACGUGGAUGGCAUUUCCAUCAGAACUCAUCAAUUGGCAGGAAAUAAUGGAAUUGCUGGUAGAUUGGGGAAGAAAGGUCAAUUCAUUGAAGCGAAUGUGGAUGAUCAUUGUGAAAGAUCUGAUGCCCAUAUAUUAGGGUGCAACUCUGAGACCAAGAAGCGGAAACUGAAGGAUGAUGUGGCAUACAUGGAUGAGCGAGGUGACAAUGAUUUCCUAUGCUCUAUCCCUCAGCAACAUGAUGAUACCACCUCCGCAAAGAAACGGGGAAAAAAGAAAUUGGAGGAUGGCAUAGGUACGUUAGAAAAGGGAGCUUCAGAGCUGCCUUCUACAGAAAUGGUUGUAGAAGAUAUAGAAGUUCACACUAAACCACAAAAAAAGCCAUUUACUUUGAUCACACCUACAGUUCAUACCGGCUUCUCGUUCUCCAUUAUUCAUCUUCUUUCAGCCGUUCGCAAGGCAAUGAUUACUCUACUUCCAGAGGAUUCUUUAGAUGUUGGCCAAGAUGUUGAUAAGAAUGAUGGAAGACAGAAGCUCAGGGAGGAAGAAGAUAGGAAGCCGGAGGUCACCAAUGGGGUUCGUUCCCAUGAGAACUUGGACAACAAUAACUCAGACCAUUCUGGGCAUGUGAAUCUCCCUUCUCUUACUGUGCAGGAAAUUGUCAGUCGUGUGAGAUCAAACCCUGGAGAUCCUUGUAUUCUUGAAACCCAAGAACCACUGCAGGAUUUGGUUAGAGGAGUUCUGAAAAUAAUUUCAUCUAAAACAGCACCAUUAGGUGCAAAAGGGUGGAAGGCUCUGGCAUACUAUGAAAAGUCUAUGAAAAAUUGGUCCUGGAUCGGUCCAGUUUCUCAUAAUUCAUCAGAUCAUGAGGCUGUUGAGGAGGUGACAUCUCCAGAAGCUUGGGGUCUGCCUCACAAAAUGCUUGUGAAAUUAGUGGAUGCAUUUGCUAAUUGGCUGAAAAGUGGUCUAGAGACUCUUCGACAAAUAGGAAGUCUUCCUGCUCCUCCUUUGACAUUGAUGCAGUUCAACUUGGACGAGAAAGAAAGGUUUAGGGACCUGAGAGCUCAGAAGAGUCUCACCACCAUCAGUCCCAGCUCUGAAGAAGUGAGAUCGUAUUUCCGUAAGGAGGAAAUUCUUAGGUAUUCAAUUCCUGAUAGGGCCUUCUCUUACACAGCUCUUGAUGGUAGAAAAUCUAUUGUUGCUCCCUUGAGAAGGUGUGGUGGUAAACCAACAUCAAAAGCCCGAGACCAUUUUAUGUUGAAGCGAGAUCGGCCUCCCCAUGUCACAAUUCUUUGUCUAGUGAGAGAUGCGGCUGCAAGAUUGCCUGGAAGUAUAGGAACUAGAGCAGAUGUUUGUACUUUGUUAAGAGACUCACAAUUUAUUGUGGAAGAAGUCUCUGAGGCACAAGUUAAUCAAGUUGUUAGCGGAGCCUUGGAUCGUUUGCAUUAUGAACGUGAUCCUUGUGUACAGUUUGAUGGGGAGAGGAAAUUAUGGGUUUAUUUACAUAGAGAAAGAGAAGAAGAAGACUUCGAGGAUGAUGGGACUUCUUCCACAAAAAAAUGGAAAAGACCAAAGAAAGAAGCUGCUGAGCCAUUUGACCAGGGAACAGUGACUGUGGCCUAUCAUGGGCCUGAAGAACAAACUGGUAUUGAUUUGAGCUCUGAUCUUAAUGUUGAGCCAUCUUUCAUGGGUGAUGAAAUGAGAGCAGAGCUUGUGUAUAAUGGUAGUAGGCAUCCUGCCGAGGAAAAUGAUGAGACCAGUCAUGGAUCUGGACAAAGUGCCAUGCAUCGUGGUCCUCCAAUGGAAUGGAAUGCUCUUGGCUUGAAUCCCAUGCAAGAGAUCAAGAUUCUUUGUCAAGAAAACUCCACAAAUGAGGAUUUUGAUGAUGAAGCGUUUGGCCCUCCAGCUGAACUUCUAAGCACUAGCUUAUCUUGAGGAGAGGUCUCCAGGCUUCGAAGUCCACCGAUGCUGAGCGUGCGAUCGUAUCUGUUGAUUCAGGCUGUGAUUUACAUUGAAGGUGCGGCAGGUUAAUUCUUCUUCUAGUGUGGAAUUGUAGAAUAGGGAACUGGUUGAGGUCCAAGAAAUUUUUGCCAUGCAUGAUGCCGCAUCCCACAAUUCUUCUCUGGCUUUUUUAUUCUUUUCAUUUCUCUCUUCGGUAUUUUUAAUGCCAUAAGUUGGAUAUUUAGAGCAAUUUAAAGUACAGAGAGAAUUACAAAAUUCUACUUCAAGUCAAGUGUAGUACUAGUGUACCGUAGUCCUAUGUAAAUAUGUGCUACAUGAAAGCAUUCUCGUUACCUUUUUUAUUUGUUCGUUGUCAUUUUUUCUCUUUUGUAAAGU